GAACAAGAAAAGCCUAAUUUAGGAGAGGAGGAGAGAGGAAAAAGGAGAGACGGGAUAUUGUGGGAGGACAAGAGAUACACAAAUAAAGAAGAAAAGCUCUUUUUGAAGGAUAGAAAGAUAGAUAGAUAGAAAGAUAUAGAAGAGUUUCAGAAAUAAUAACACACCUUCUUCUUCUCUUUCUAUAACCUCUAAAGAGUUUCUAUGGAGCAAAAUUGCCCGAUUUGGGUCUUUCUAGAGUUUCUAGUCAAGGAGGAAAUUUUUCUCAAAAUAGCCAAAGGUGGUUUGGUCGUUUCCUCAACCUCUUUUUCUUCACCUCUUUUAUUCUCCUUUGAGUGUUUCUUCAAUGUAUCUUGGGUCUUAUACAACUCAUCAUUGUCUCUCUUAGUGGUUUCAUCCUAGCUGUAGAGAAGAGAAGAGAAGAGUUCUUUGAAAAAAUUUCCUUUUAAUAGAGAGAGAGAGAGAGAGAGAGAGAGAGAGAGAUGGGGCUCGUCAAGGGAGAUUCGGAGAGGAAGGAAGAAGGAAAUGGAUUGGUUGCAGUUGCAAUCGACAAAGACAAAGGAAGUCAAUUUGCUUUGAAAUGGGCUGUUGAUCAUCUUCUCAGCAGGGGACAAACAGUGAUUCUUGUCCAUGUAAGCCAAAGAGUAUCAUCUAUUCCUAGCCCAAUGGGCAACCAUGUCGCCAUUUCUGCUGUCAAAGACAAUGUCGCAUUGGCAUACAAAAACCAACUCGAAGCUCAAACCAAGGAAUUGUUCCUUCCCUUCCGCUGCUUUUGUACGAGAAAAGAUGUGGGUUUCAAAGCUCCAUUCCUGUAUUCCAAUCACUCAUCUUAGAGCUAGCAGGAAGAUGUCGAAGCUGAGAUGAGGAGGCUGAAGCUAGAGCUCAAGCAAACGAUGGAUAUGUAUAGUACAGCCUGCAAAGAAGCACUCACAGCGAACCAGAAGGCAAGGGACUUCCAUCGCUGGAAAAUUGAAGAAGAACAGAAAUUUGAAGAGGCACGGAUGGCUGAGGAAGCUGCGCUUGCAAUUGCAGAGAGGGAGAAAGCCAAGUGUAAGGCAGCCAUUGAGGCAGCCGAAGCAGCACAAAGAAUUGCAGAACUGGAAGCACAAAAGAGAGUGAAUGCGGAGAUGAAAGCUCUCAAAGAAUCAGAGGAGAAGAAAAAGGUGUUGAAUGCUCUUGCAAAUUCUGAUGUCAGGUACAGGAAAUACACAAUUGAGGAGAUUGAAGCGGCAACAGAAUUUUUCAUUGAAUCUAGAAAGAUUGGGGAAGGUGGUUAUGGGCCAGUAUAUAAAUGUCAUUUGGAUCAUACACCAGUUGCAAUUAAGGUUCUUCGACCAAAUGCCGCUCAAGGAAGGUCACAGUUCCAGCAGGAGAUUGAAGUUCUAAGCUGCAUACGUCAUCCGAACAUGGUUCUCCUCCUUGGAGCUUGCCCAGAGUAUGGGUGCCUUGUCUAUGAAUACAUGGCCAAUGGGAGCCUAGAAGACCGCCUCUUCCGGCGAGGGAACACCCCAGUUCUUUCUUGGCAGCUGAGGUUCCGAAUAGCAGCAGAGAUUGGUACUGGCUUGCUCUUCCUCCACCAAACCAAGCCAGAGCCACUAGUGCACCGAGAUCUCAAACCUGCCAACAUCUUGCUUGAUCGCAACUACGUUAGCAAGAUUAGUGAUGUUGGCCUUGCUAGGCUCGUCCCUCCAUCUGUUGCAGAUACCGUCACACAGUACCUUAUGACAUCAACAGCUGGAACUUUCUGUUACAUAGAUCCAGAGUACCAGCAAACAGGCAUGCUUGGCAUAAAAUCAGACAUCUACUCCCUUGGUAUCAUGCUUCUACAAAUUCUAACAUCCAAGCCACCAAUGGGCUUGACACACCAUGUUGAACGGGCUCUUGAGAAGGGAACAUUUGCUGAGAUUCUGGACCCUACCGUGCCUGACUGGCCAAUUGAAGAAAGCGUGUCCUUUGCUAAGGUGGCACUAAGGUGCGCAGAGUUAAGAAGGAAAGAUCGGCCAGAUCUAGGCAAGGUUGUCUUGCCACAACUAAAUAGACUGAGAGAACUAGCCGAGGAAAACAUGCUUAUGACAUUACAAGGUGGCACAGGGAGUACAAGUGCCUCACCCAACCACAACCAUGCUUCAAAGCGCCAAGAUGUGAUGAGCGACCCUCUUCUCGUACACUCUAGUGAUAGUUCAAGGAGUAGGCCAAGUGGAUCGUCCUUCCCUGCAAUGCGACAAAUAUGAACUGAGAAGAACUUAUUUUGGGGGGAGGGGGGAAUAGAGAUUUGAUUUUCAUGGUUCAUGGAAGCUCAUCUUGCUUUUCUGAAUCCCAAAUCCAGAAGACUGAAGUCAAUUGGGGCUUUCACAAGCUUUUCCCAUUCAAGUAUAUGAAAUCAAGUCGUGUAGUAGAAACAAUUCAUUAGCAUACAUGUACAAAUAUGUAAGGCCAACCUAACUAGGUUGAAAUUAUUUUCAUUCUCUAGAGACAAAUAAGGUAUGUUUGA